CAUCCCAAUUUUCUCUCGACUUCGCUCUCUCUGAUCUCUCUCUGUCUCUGUCUAAAAUGGCGAGAUAUAGAAAACCAGUGUUACGAAUAAAGGAUGAAGAUGAUGUGGGGAAGAAGGCGAUGUCGCUGGGACAGCACGGCGGCGCCGGAGGAUUCCUUUGGGACGACGGAGUUUUCUCAUCAAUAAAGCAGCUGGUUAUUAAUCAUGGGAGAUGCGUCGACUCCAUUCGGACCGAAUAUGACGACAAUGGAAGCUCAAUUUGGUCAAGGAGGCACGGUGGAAAUGGUGGUUUGAGAUCUGAGUGCUAA